AUGACUCAUGAAUUACAUCUAGGAGCAGCUAUUCCUGAGAACCCAGGCCUUGCUCUCAAGGCUGAGGAACAGGAGGACUCAGAACCUGACGAAGAUGAGGUUGCUACGUUGGUCAGAAAAAUAAAAAGAUUUUACAGGAACUCUAAACCUGGAAAUCUAAGAGGAAGGAACUCAGUGAGAAAAUCAAGUGGUUCCAAGUCUGACCAAGGAUGUUUCAAGUGCGGUGAUUCUGACCAUCAAAUCAAAGACUGUCCUCAGUGGAAAAAUGAAAAAGGGAAAGGCAAGGGAAAGGAUCAAUACAAGGAAAGGUUCAACAAAUCCACCUUUGCCAAACCCAAUUUCAAGAAGGCAAUGAUUGAAGCUUGGGAAGAAGCCACUGACUCGGAAGAAGAUGAGGAUCAAUCAGAUGAAGAAACAGCAAACCUUUGUCUUAUGGCAAAGAUCGAUGGAACCACCCAAGAUCCAUCAAGUGAAGUAAGGUCCUCAACUCUUUUAUCUCUGUCUAAAACUAAGUUAGUGGAAUUAUUGAUAGAAACUCUAGACAUUUUUAAAAAGCUUAUCGUAAUAAAGGCUCAAAGUGACAAGGCAAUGGAACUUAGCAAAGAACACACAACCUACCUCGAUAAUGUUAAAUCUGAUGUACAUGGUAGGUUCUUUCAGUUGCCUGUCAGGAAUACCUCUCUUAAAGACUCUUUCGAAAGAGUUAAAAAAGUAUAUAUUAUGCUUGAUGAAGCUAACAAUGCUGAUGAAAUUCAGGAACAAGAAGAUUUCGAAAUUGGUUUAAUUCGUUUUACAGAUAAUGAUGAGGAAAUCUCUCCUGAAAGACAUCAAAAUGGAAUAGAAGAUCCACAAACACAAGAAACUGCUUCUAACCAAAAAGUUCCUGUACAAAGAAAUCCAAGAGCCCCUGAUCCUGAGGAACCAGAAAAUGAUGAUUCUGAGGAACCGGAAGAAGAUCAAGAAACCUCUGAUGCAGAGGAACAAGGAUCUCAGGAAACGGAAGGAACUGAGGAGACCUUAGAUGUUCCAGUGGCACAAUAUCAACCUAAGCCCUGGAAACAUCAAACCUUUAUGGGACUUAAGUUGUACCAUAUGGACGUCAAUGCUUUCUUAAAUGAUUUUCUUGAAAAAGACGUCUAUAUGGAACAACCCCCGGUUUUCGAGAAUCCCGAAUUUCCGAAUCACAUCUAUAAGCCUGACAAAGCUCUCUAUGGGUUAAAGCAGGCUCCGAGAUCGUGUUCUCUGUUGUUUGUUGAUAUAUAUUAUGAUAAUGAGAAUGAUGAUGAGAAAGUGGAAGAAUGA